AUGUCCUCGGAUUCAUCACCUGCAACCGCGCAAAAGCCCACAGUGACUGUGGAUUCGGAUACCAUUAGCAAUCCAGCAUCUGGCUUUCGCAAAGGUUCCGCCUUCUGGCUGACAUUCAUCGCAAUCUUGGUCUGCUCCUUCGUCAGUGCACUUGACCUCACUGCUAUCUCUAUCGCCCUUCGAACGAUCACCGACUCCCUGAAUGGCGGGGACAAGUUCGUAUGGGUCGGCUCCGCUUAUGGCCUCGCUAGUGCCGCAAGCCUACCCCUAUCUGGUCGCCUCGCCGACACCUUUGGGAGGCGACCUGUCAUGCUUGCCUCGGUCGGCCUCUUCUUCCUAGGGAGCGCGCUCUCUGGCGCGUCCCAGAGCAUGGAUAUGCUCAUCGGGGCACGAACGGUACAGGGCAUCGGUAGUGGAGGAAUUUGGAACCUUUCUGAGAUCAUCGUGUCCGACCUCGUUCCGCUGUUAGAGCGGGGGAUGUUUAUGGGUAUCAUCUCUGGCGUCUGGGAUUGGCCCCCCGAUUGUGAGUCGCUUGUUGGCGCCGCCUUUGCUCAGGCGAAUGCGUGGCGUUGGAUAUUAUAUCUCAAUCUUCCCCUCACCGGCAUCGCAUUCGUUCUCGUACUUCUGUUCCUACGCGUGCGCAUGCCCCCGGGUACAAUCGGCGACAAACUGGCACAUCUCGACACUAUAGGAAAUCUGAUUAUCAUCGCCGGCACGACAGUCGCCCUCAUCGGUCUUACCUGGGGAGGGGUUGCGUACAAGUGGACAAGCCCCCAUACACUGGCUACCCUCGUCAUCGGCUUUGUCUUCAUAGGCAUGUUUUUCGUGUAUGAACGAUUAGUUCCUAACGAACCCAGUAUCCCUUGGGAAGUCGUCAGCGACAGGACUACCCUCGCAGCGUACAUCGGAACAUUCUUCCACGGCCUAACGAGUACCGCCGUGUUUUACUACCUUCCCACAUACUUUCAGGCUUGUAGGGGCUCUUCCCCACUCCGGUCCAGCGUUGAGCUUCUGCCUAUAACACUUGUCAUCGCUCCCUUCGCCUUCUUUCUUCUUCUUCUAGAUCCCGUUUCCCAGAAAUACCGAUGGGUGAACGUCCUCGGAUGGGCUUGCCUCGUCGUGGGCUUUGGAUUGCUCUCGCUAUUAGAUCAGAGCACAUCGACUGGAAAGUGGGUUGGCUACCAGAUCGUAGCCGCGGCAGGCCUUGGGUUCUUAUACACAGCAAUGGUCUUCCCCGCCCUCGCUCCGCUUCCCGUCUCGCGCACCGCCUCUGCGCUAGCCUUCUCCUCCUUCUCGCGCACCUUCGCCCAGACCUGGGGCGUCACCAUCGGUUCGACCAUCCUCCAGAACCGCCUGGACAAGACGCUCCCCGCGCAGUUCGGCGCGCAGUUCCCGUCUGGGGUACAGAUCGCGUACGCCGCAAUCCCCGUCAUCGACAACCUCGAGGACCCGCUGCGCUCCGAGGUGCGCGACGCGUUCGCGAAGAGCCUACGCGUCGUGUGGUUGGCGAUGAUCGUGAUGAGCGGCGCGGGGCUGUUGUCGGUCGGGCUGAUGAGGGAGGUGCCGAUGCAGAAGACGACGGACGGGACGUACGGGCUGGACGCGAUUUCCCAUCCGCCGUUGCCGGAUGCAGAGAAACACGGUGGGGCGGGGGUCUCGGAGAGCGCGGCCACGCAACGGACGGAGCCUGAAGUUUCUGAGCAAUAA